CGUCCAUCCUUUCAGUUCCAUUUCCUCUCCUCUCCCCUCGCUUCGCCUCGCCUUUCUUCCUCCUCUCCAACCUCACCCGCACUCUUUGUGCCUAUUGUACUGUACUGGUACCUACAAGCCUGCUUCGACCCAAGCUGCCGUAGUCUGCGCCUCGUUACAUUCAUUCGUUACUACUUUUGAUUCUUCUCCAACUGUGCUUCUAUUGUGCACAUUUUUUUCAACUCUUCUUUUUUUUUUACUAUUGUUUUUUCCGGGUCCGUCUAGAAGAUAAUCAGACCAAUCUUUCUUUUUUAUUCUUCUUUUGCUUGAUAAUUUUGACAGUUCAAUAAGGGGCCACAAAAAGAUAAUCAGGUUCAAGAAAAAGCAAGAAGCAAGAAGCAAGAGCAAGAGCUGGGAAAUCAGACGCCUCACCACGCCUUCCUCAACAAACAAUUGGUGCCUCAUCGAUCUGGCCUUAGGUUCUAUCCUUCUAUAGGGAUCUCCUUUCACCACUCACAACCAUUAUCGUCUCAUUACCUGGAGCAUCCUCAAACCAUCGAGACGCAACUUUGAAACGCGAUUCGUCCAGAGCCAUCUCCUCGGUGACACGCCGCCUCGUCUCACGACGUCGGCAUCGACUUUGGCCUUUGCCCACUGGUUCUCGAUUCCGACUCGAAUUUCGUCCCCAUCUGCUGUGCUGCUCUACCUCGGAACCGAUCCCUUCCAUCCUUUUAGUCGUUGAUUGCGAGCCCCUGUGACGUUGACUUGAUUUGUCGCGCCCAAAUGAUCUCAUGAAGUCGUGACCUUCUUUCGCUUCUUCGACUAUUUCUCAUUUGCAUUGCUUGCAGCGCCUGCGAGGUCUGGAUUACCGUGCAACAGUCUCUCAUUUUUGGGUCGAUCCGUCUUAUUUUCUCUCACGUUCUCUUCUAUCCAGUUCUCAUCUUGCCUAUUUUUACUUUGCUUCUCACAUUUCUCGUAAACUCGACGUAGCCUGUGGCUGUACGACCCGAUCGAGUCCAAGAGAGUUCAACUUUUUGUGUUGCAGCACCCCAAACAACUCGGACACAGACUGCUUUUUCCAUAUACGAACGCUGUGCCAGUGAUUCUCCACAAGGACGAUUCAAGCGCUGUAGGUCAUCGGAUACUCGCAUCAUUUCAUCACUUCGGUUCUUUGCAACUUCGAGGCUUCCUACAUACAGUCGAACUGCAUAUAGGGGCUCGCUACCAGAUUCCUAACCGUGUUACGCUGUUGGUUUGGACGACACUCGACUCGGCAUAAAGGAACCAAAUGAGUCAGAUGUAUGAUGGAAGAGGGAUGGACUCAGCACUCGGAUCUGGAUCUGUAAGGAGAGCACGCGAGAUGGCGCAAGGUGGAUAUCCGCAACAGCAGCCUCUGUACCCAGACAACAUGGACGACAGUCCGCCUGGCGAACUAAGGGCUCCUCCUCGUCGACCCUUGGGAGGACACCCCUCCGCGCAAUCAAGGCUUCCGAAACCCAAGGCUGCGCCUGCCAUGGAUUAUAGAAGUGGAAAUCCUGGUGUUGCCAUAUCUCGACCACAGCAAGUUCCACAAUGGCCUCUACCCGGCCCCCCGAUGGCCGCUAUGAAUUCGCCCGACCCCGAGCCAUAUCGACCACCACCUGGACGACCAACUCAGGCCCCUCAACGACCACCCCGACCCAGCCAAGUUCCUUCUUUGCUGGAUCAGUCUCGACUUCAAGAACCGACCCCAGUGUUCCUCACACCCGAGUCUGAUGACUAUCACUCUUCCGUUCCGCCUUCUCCAUCCUCCCGAAUGACAACCUCUAGUCUUGGAUCACUCCCUGACUUCCCUGAGCCUAAUCAAUCGACAACUGCAGAUUCUAAUAGAAGAAGUGUCAACCUGGGCCCCCCCAGAGCGAGCGCUAAUCUAGGACCUCCCCCUUCGUCUCGCCGGGGCGCAUCAUCCUUCUACUCGCACGCGUCUUUUGUCUCGCCGAUUCCCGAAGAGAGUCUCAAUUCGAGAUCGCACGGCUCUUACGCCUCAAGCGCGGCUAUGCCUGAAAGCUGGCCUGCAGGUUCUCGGGCGGCCAGUCCCUCGUAUUACGAUGAGACGGACAACAAGAGUCAGGAUUCCGCCUAUGACGAGUUUCAUGAUGAGAGCAAACUUGUCCGCAGUGCAAGCAUCGGCAAGAGAGGAAAGCCUUCAAUUGUUACUACCAAAUCGUUCAUUAUGGAGCCCAAUCACCGCCCUGCACCAUCGCCGGUUCAGCCUUUCGACUCGGGAACCGGCUAUAUCGAUGCUUCAACAAGCUCUUCUAACACCCUUCCUCUGGCGAAGACAUCGGCACCUUCGCAAAACCCUCAUGACAGCCUUAGCCCCGACGCUAUUCUGGGUGCAUAUGCUGCUGCCAGCGCCACCAACUUGUCAGAAGUACCAGUUCCUGCGCCAACACCUUCCCCUCAGCCUUAUAGUCGACUUUCGGCUAUUCGACGACCCCCAAAGCUGGACAUUGAGGCAGUGAGAAGGGCCGAGGAGAGAGGCAGUAUCACCAGCUUGCCUGAUUUGAUUCGACGUGCAACUCGCCUCGCGACCAUGAUUGAUUCUGGCAAAAGACCAGCAAGCCGAUUCGACAACUUGAAUGAUUUCUUUGACGACAAGGGGCAGACUCGAGGGGGUGACAAAGAAAACUCAGGACUAUCGGAUAUGCUGGCAGCAUUCCCCCCUCCCGCACAACAGCCAGAGCGACAGAACCGUGGAUCCUGGUUUCGAACGACAUCUUGGCCCCUAGCUCCCACCCGUCAGGGUGAUGUUCCUUCACGAUCUGGCCUUCGCGAGAUGACGCCUUCGGAUGAAGGCCAGGGCAAGCGACGUCGGCGCUGCUGCGGUCUGCCUGUGUGGGCGUUUGUCCUCUUACUAUUCUUACUUGUUGGCAUAAUUCUGGCCGCUGUCCUUGUCCCAUUGGAAUUUUUCGUCUUUAAGAACUUGGGCAAUGAUGAAAAGCCAAAGUCUGCCCUUGCUCAAUGCCAAGAAUCAUUAAAGUGCCAGAACGGUGGAACAAAUAUUAUGUCGCAGGGUACAUGCUCAUGUAUUUGCACAAAUGGCUUUACAGGCUCCGACUGCAGCGCUGGUGGCUCCGAUGGUUGCACGACUACAGACUUGGGCAAUGAUCUGAACAACGUCACGCUUGGCAAAAGUAUUCCACGCCUUAUCGAGAACAGCCAGAAAAACUUUUCUAUCCCUCUAUCUGGCACUGCCAUCAUGGCGAAGGUCAAUGCUGCAGAGCUGUCCUGCAUUGCCCAGAACUCCCUGGUUACUUUUGAUGGCGCUGCUACACGCAAAAGGACUUUGCUCGACAGCCUGGCUCUCCAGUUCAAGCGAGAGGUCGCUGCACCGACUCUCGUUGCCCGUACACCUGAAACUGCCCCUGCUGUCGUCGUAUCCUCCGAAACCGCCGCGCCAACUACGCUGGUGGUUGACGAGGGAAGCCCCGAAAACGCGCCAACCUCAACAAGCGACGCUGGCAAUGCUGCACAGACCUCAGUGACAGCAGACCCAUCGCAGACACAGGACCCGAUGACCAAGUUCAAGAUCACAAACGAGGUCCUCGACUUUGCGCGUAUCGCCGUCCUCUAUGUGUUGCAGGAGGAGGACGUGGACAGUGCCGAAGACGCUCAAUCUAGCCUUGCACAAUUCUUUGCCAAGGCUCGUAAAGAAGCAGGUGUUUUGGCAAAGGAGGCAGCCAAUGUCAGCAUUGGCGACAAGGAAUCGGUUGACUUGUUGAGGUACAAGAUCAGUAUCGGAUCAAAGACAAUAGGAGGAAACGUGAAGCGUCAUGUGUUAUCUCCAAUGGCUGCUCCCAUCCACCCGUCCCUUGGACGUAGAGCAGUCCAUGGUCCAAGGUGAAGCGUAGCAGCGAGCUCCAGAUGAUCCAGGAGUCAAGAGUAGACACUGUAUAUAACGCAUGAACAUAGGUAAAUAUGCAUUUCGCAAUGAUGGCGUCGGUCUAGUGCAUUCGUUUCGUUAUUUGCUUCAGUUCAGCUUCGCCAGGGCCGGGCCGUGGAUGGUAACGAGUGAGGAAUAAGUAACGGGACUGAUGAAGAAGACGGAGAAAGAAAAGAAGGAAAAAAGAAAGAAUUUUGCAUAGGCAUUUCGGAGGCGCCCUUUUCAUUUUAUCCUUCUAUUCUACUACUACCCAUUCUACAGUAUGUAACACUCGCGAGCGAGAUUAGCAAGGGCGUUGUGCCAAAAGAUAGAGGCCUCAGGACUUGAUACUUGAUGCCAUGAAUCGUAAGAGAUUUAGAUCAUAAGCUCUUGGUGAGUCCGGAGUGUUUGUGACUUUUCUUUAUACCAUUCCUGAAUUUUAUGUUGCAUUCUAUUCACCUUAAGGCUGAUAAAAGACCUCCUCAACUGGCUUCCACCAAGAAGGCUCGCCGGCCUCAGAGCUCACUGCACCAGGCACAAGACUCUCCUGCCAGGCGUCUGUCAUCUUCCACCAUUCCCUCACACGGGGGUUCUUUGCCAUCUUCUCCAU